UAUUCAAAUUGCAGGCCACUUAACAAUCAAAAUGGACGCAUUAAACACACACAGACACACAGAGUUAGACAAACAAAGGCUAUAAAAGAGGCGAUGGAUUCGAGGGCGGCUCACAGUCAAAAUGUACAAGGUGAAGGAACUACUGCUUAGGCCGGAGAGCUUUGAGGAUCCGCUUUUCCGGAUACACUUGCGCUGCUUUCAGGUGUACGGCUAUGUGGCCUCCAUUGAGCAGCGUCAUCCGUGGCUGGCCCUCAUCCGCUGCACCAUCUUCACGGCGUCCAUUUGGCUGAGCUGUGCCCUGAUGCUAACCCGCGGCUUUCUCGCCCGUGGCUAUGACAAUAUCAAUGAUGGCGCCACCAGCUGGGCCACAGCUGUCCAAUAUUCCGCCGUCUCCAUUGCCACACUGAAUGCCUUAGUGCAGCGGAAGCGAGUCGUUCAUAUGCUACGCAUUGCUCUGGCUGAUCUGCAGCAGUUGCGACUGGAGGCUGAUGAGGAGGAGCUGGACUUGAUGCACUCCACCCAGAUGUAUGUGCGGACGAUAACGUUGUUGCUGUGGGUGCCGUCGGUUGUGGCUGGAUUGAUGGCCUGGUUGGAUUGUAUUUAUCGCACCAUCUUCCUGCCGCAAUCCGUUUUCAAUAUGGUCGCCGUGCAGCAUGGCGAGGCACAGCCGAUUUUACUGUUCAAAUUGUUUCCCUUUGGCGAACUGUGGGAUAAUAUUUUUAUUGGCUAUUUGGGACCGUGGUAUGCACUUGGCUUGGGCAUUACCACAAUUCCCCUGUGGCACACCGUCAUCACGUGCCUCAUGAAGUUCGUCACCCUCAAGCAGCAGAUACUCAACAAACGAGUGCGCGACAUGGAUAUCGAACGCUUUAAAUCCGAUCUGGUGUUGCAACAACUGACUGUUGCGGAGCUCAAGCAUUGGCAUUUGCAGCUCUGCAACUCUUUUGUUGCGGAACAGCUCAAGAUACGCCGAUUUGUGCUGGAGUUGGAGCAACUGCUGCGCAUCCCAGUUAUGGCCGAUUUUAUAAUAUUCUCGGUUCUCAUUUGCUUUCUAUUCUUUGCCUUCUCGGUUGGCGUGCCCAGCACAAUGGAUUAUUUCUUCAUGUUUCUCUAUUUGUUUGUUAUGGCUUCGAUUCUGUUCAUUUAUCAUUGGCAUGCAACCUUAAUUGUUGAAUGUCAGAAUGAAUUGUGCUUUGCACUCUACGCCGUAGACUGGUACAACUUCAGUCUGCCCGUGCAAAAGAUGCUGCUCUUCAUGAUGAUGCACGCCCAGCGACCACUGAAGAUGCGCGCCUUACUCGUCGAGCUGAAUCUGAAAACCUUUAUCGAUAUUAUGCGCGGUGCUUACAGUUACUUCAAUUUGCUGCGAAGCACCCAUUUGUAUUAGAAUCGGUUGCUUUUUUUGUUUGCCUGGUUGGCAUUGCUGCUAAUCAAAUGCCGUUGCGCUUGUCAACUCGUCGUUUGGCUAACAUGACAGUUAACAUGGCUUGCAAUUCAUUUGUAAGGGAAAAGACAGCAACGCUAAACCAUUUUACAGCGCAAAUAUAAACGUGAUGCCUGCUACUCAAAAAGCCAAUGGCAACUGUGGAAACAUCAGCAACAACAACAGCAACAACAACAACAACAAUAAGCUGCAACAUCAUUUAUCACUUUUGAGUUACGUCUCUCACUGGAUGUCAGUCA